GAAAGUUGAAGUUGUUAGUUGAAUCGAUUAUUUUUGUGGUUUUGUGGCCAACACUAAAGACACGGUUUUCGCAGGUUUUCGAGGAAAAUUUUCCAGUAUCUUUCAAAGUCAAGUUAAAUUUAAAGUUUCAAAAUGCUCGCUUCACGAAAUGUUAUUUCCCGCUUGAUGCAAACCACAGUGCGGCGCUACCACGCGGGCGAGGGCUUCAAGACGCCCAGCAUGGACGAGCUGCCCGUGCCGCAGGGCUCGUGGCAGGCGCGCCACGACGCCAACCAGCGCCGCUACAACGCCAUCCUGCUCUUCGGCAUCAGCUUCCUGGCGGGCUCCGUCGCUCUCGCCAAAGGCUCCGGCUUGCUGUACCUCAACUACGCGCCCCCCAAGUCCAUCGAUUGAAUGUAAAUUGUAUGUAAGCUAUGUACCUAUGUGAUGUAAUUAGUAAAUUAAAGUAUUCAACUUAACA